AUGACCGAAGAAAAACUCACUUAUGCAUCUGUAUCCUUGUCCAUACUUCGAGAUAUGCUCUCUCAAUAUACAGAAGAGAUAAUUACAAAAUCAGUAAUGAAGGAAAAACUUUUGGAAGAAAAGUAUGGUACAGUUACAGCACCAAAGUUUAUUGAUUCUAGAAACGAGGAAAAGUUUCCUAGAGCACCAUCAGAGGAAGCUACGCAUGGCUCACAAAGAAGGAAACAUCACAAUAGCCAUAACAACGGCAAUAGUUCGAGAUCCACAACACCCCAACCAGUGAAUCUUCAAAAGGAACCUGAUAUUGGAAGGUUUCAAUUUAAUCUUAAUGGAAAUGAUAUAUAUAAAAAUGCGUUUGAUCAUAACGGUCCGUUAAUGGGGGAGAAAGCUGCUCAGCUUGAGUCAAUGAAUGGCAAUGACAUAUAUUUCAGGUGCUCCAACUGUCAGCGAGAGAUUGCUGGUGUGCGGUUUGCUGCACAUAUUGAUAAAUGUUUGGGAGGACGUUUUCGUAAGAUCAAAGAUUAA